AUGGGGGAUGUACUUGAAGAAGCCUCCCCAAGCCGGGAUGACUCUCGAAUAAGGAAUCCGACCCCAAAACACCAGGAGGUCGCAAACCAAGGAAGGAUAGCAAGCACCAUCCACCACACACAGAAUAAGAAAAAUGACCACGUCGUCACGGAACCGCAACACCCUGAGAAAACAGGAGACAAAGCGGCACAAAUCAUCCAAGAUCUCUGCCUCCGGGUCCAGGAACUCGAAGGCAGAUUGACCGCCAAGGAAAGAUACAAUAACGAACACGGAAGCCAUGCAACUUCCAGAUCAAAAUCUCGCCACGGCAGAUCGCCAACUCGGCGACACGACAGGAGAGACGAUCGCAUCACCUCGCGCGACCACAGGCGAGAAAAAUCGCCAGAACAGCGAUACAGCAAAAGGCACAACCGCAGCGCUUCCCGAGAUCUAAGUCGUCAGCACGACUCGGACGAAGAUCGGGGGCACCGAGAGACCAAGCGCACAAGAAAUGACCACACGAUAAUGGGAGCCACACCUUUCACGGAAAGGAUCUUGAAAGCAAAACCCCCCCAAAGGUUUCGAUAA